CUCUGUUUAUGUUUUGCUUUGAGAAAACAUUGCACGUGUUGGUUUUGAUCUUUUUUCCAUUAAAUAGUUAAUUCUUAAUAAAAUUUAAAACAAAAUGACAAUACAAAUAGAUAAAAAACAUUUACUGACGUUUAUGCGUUCAGAAAAUGAGAAAAUUAUGGAUUUAUUGUUGACAUUCAAUGUACCCGAUUCGAUUGAAGCCGAUGAUACAGAUGACUAUCUUCUAACAACAAGUAAAACCAUAGCUGCCAAAUCGUUUCCCAAUAAACAAAAUGCUGCCUCCGAUUCAAUUGAUGAACUGCAACAACGUCUGGACCGUAUAAAGAAUAAAAUGAAAACAAAGAAGGGACCACAAUCGGAAAAGGCCAAGAAAAAGAAAGAAGCUAAAAAACUAAAGAAAAAUAAAGAAUUUAAAAAAGUACUCGUAACCGCAGCCAAAUCAAUUAAAAAUCAACAAGCCAAACUUGGGGAAGGCGACGGCAAUGAUGAUGAAAAAGAGUCCAAAAAGGAUAUUAAGCCCGUCGUACCCAAACCUGUUUUCAAUGAAGAGGGUAAAAUUGUCUUCUCCAAAUUCGAUUUUGCCCAAAAGAAAAAGAAAUCACACAAAAAUCCCCGAGAAAUCUUGCGGGAAAUAAAGGCCACUGAUAAGAAGAUAAAUGAACUUAAGGAGUCCGGAGAGGUAGAGAAAGCAUUGGAAAUGAAAAAUGAGCUGGCAUGGAAGAAGGCUUUCGACAAGGUCGAAGGUAAAAAGGUUAAAGAUGAUCCAAAACUCUUGUACAAGGCCAUCAAGAAACGUAAAGUGGAAAAGAAGAAGGCCAAGAAACAAUGGACCGAACGCAAACAAAAGGUGGAGAAAGACAUUGCGGCGCGCCAGAAGAAACGUCAAGAGAACUUGGAUAAACGUUCAAAGGAUAAACAAAAGAAUAAGCUUAAGAAGGCAGCAAAGAAGGGAAGAGUUAUACCUGGUUUUUAAUAAAAUGUUAGAUUUUAGGAAAAAUUGUAAAAAAACAA